UUUUUUCUGUCUUACUGCAAGCAGCUUAAAAUUCUGCUCAAGAUAGUCACUAUUUCUUAACUUCUGUCAGUAUUGAAGCAUAUAAAAGAUAUGUGCUGACUAGAAGGCUCAGUUGUGUAGUGUGGAGGAUAAGACGGUGCCUUACAAACAUGGGGUUUGGGAGUGACCUGAAGAACUCACACGAAGCUGUGUUAAAAUUGCAAGACUGGGAGUUACGGUUACUGGAGACAGUGAAGAAAUUCAUGGCCCUGAGGAUAAAAAGUGAUAAAGAAUAUGCAUCUACUUUACAGAACCUUUGUAAUCAAGUUGAUAAGGAAACUACUAUCCAAAUGAAUUAUGUCGGCAAUGUAUCCAAGUCUUGGCUACUUAUGAUUCAGCAGACGGAACAGCUCAGCAGGAUCAUGAAGACGCAUGCAGAGGACCUGAAUUCUGGGCCCUUACAUAGGCUCACCAUGAUGAUCAAAGAUAAGCAGCAGGUGAAGAAGAGUUACAUAGGCGUCCACCAGCAAAUAGAGGCAGAGAUGAUCAAGGUUACAAAGACAGAAUUAGAGAAAUUAAAAACAAGCUAUAGACAAUUAAUAAAAGAAAUGAAUUCCGCCAAAGAGAAAUAUAAAGAAGCUGUAGCUAAAGGGAAAGAAACUGAAAAGGCUAAGGAACGUUAUGACAAAGCCACAAUGAAACUCCAUAUGUUGCAUAAUCAGUAUGUGUUGGCAUUGAAAGGGGCACAGCUUCAUCAGAACCAGUAUUAUGACACUACACUUCCUCUGCUUCUCGAUUCCUUACAAAAGAUGCAAGAAGAAAUGAUAAAAGCACUAAAAGGUAUAUUUGAUGAAUACAGCCAGAUAACUAGUCUUGUUACAGAGGAAAUAGUGAACGUUCAUAAAGAGAUUCAAAUGUCGGUUGAACAGAUAGACCCUAGCACAGAAUACAACAAUUUCAUAGAUGUUCAUAGAACAACAGCUGCAAAGGAGCAAGAAAUUGAGUUUGAUACUUCCUUACUAGAAGAAAAUGAAAAUCUACAGGCAAAUGAGAUUAUGUGGAAUAAUUUAACAGCAGAAAGUUUGCAAGUAAUGUUGAGAACUUUAGCAGAGGAACUAAUGCAGACACAGCAGAUGCUUUUAAAUAAGGAGGAGGCUGUGCUGGAGCUGGAGAAGAGGAUUGAGGAGUCUUCCAAGACCUAUGAAAAGAAGUCUGACAUUGUACUUCUGCUAAGCCAAAAACAGGCCCUUGAAGAGCUGAAGCAGUCAGUCCAGCAGCUGAGAUGCACCGAGGCGAAGUUUACAGCACAGAAAGAACUGCUGGAGCAAAAGGUGCAGGAAAACGACGGGAAAGAGCCGCCUCCAGUCGUCAAUUAUGAAGAAGACGCACGAUCGGUUACGUCUAUGGAAAGGAAGGAGAGGCUGUCCCGAUUUGAGUCUAUUCGUCACUCAAUUGCUGGAAUCAUUAGGUCUCCAAAAUCUGCACUGGGCUCUUCAUUCUGUGAUACGAUCCCCGUACUUGAGAAACCUCUGGCAGAACAGGACUGGUACCAUGGUGCGAUUCCCAGAAUAGAAGCGCAAGACCUGCUAAAGCAGCAAGGAGACUUCUUGGUGCGAGAGAGUCAUGGGAAACCUGGUGAAUAUGUCCUUUCUGUAUUUUCUGAUGGACAAAGGAGACACUUUAUCAUACAGUAUGUUGAUAAUAUGUAUCGUUUUGAAGGCACUGGGUUUUCAAAUAUUCCUCAACUUAUAGACCAUCACUAUACAACAAAACAGGUCAUCACUAAGAAGUCAGGUGUAAUUCUGCUGAAUCCUAUUCCUAAGGAUAAGAAGUGGGUUCUCAAUCACGAAGAUGUCACAUUGGGAGAAUUACUGGGCAAGGGAAAUUUUGGUGAAGUAUUUAAGGGCAUAUUAAAGGAUAAAACUGCUGUUGCUGUUAAAACGUGUAAAGAAGAUCUUCCUCAGGAACUGAAAAUAAAAUUCUUACAAGAAGCCAAAAUUCUCAAGCAGUAUGAUCACCCCAAUAUUGUGAAACUUAUAGGGGUCUGCACACAGAGACAGCCUAUCUACAUCAUUAUGGAACUGGUUCCAGGAGGUGAUUUCCUCACGUUCCUGAGAAAGAGGAAGGACGAUAUAAAACUCAAACAGUUAGUGAAAUUUUCAUUAGAUGUUGCUUCUGGUAUGUCCUAUCUCGAGAGUAAAAACUGUAUACACAGGGAUCUUGCUGCAAGAAACUGCCUGGUAGGUGAAAACAAUGUGCUGAAAAUCAGUGACUUUGGAAUGUCUCGUCAAGAGGAUGGUGGCGUAUAUUCGUCUUCUGGCCUGAAGCAGAUCCCCAUUAAGUGGACAGCACCAGAAGCGCUUAAUUAUGGGAGAUACAGCUCUGAGAGUGACGUGUGGAGCUUCGGCAUCCUGCUCUGGGAGACCUUCAGCCUGGGGGUCUGCCCCUACCCCGGAAUGACAAACCAGCAGGCCCGGGAACAGGUGGAAAGAGGAUACCGGAUGUCAGCCCCUCAGCACUGUCCGGAGGACAUUUUUAAAAUCAUGAUGAAGUGUUGGGAUUAUAAACCUGAAAACCGCCCCAAGUUCAGUGAACUUCAGAAAGAGCUCGCUGUCAUCAAGAAGAAGAUCACCUCCUGACGGAGCAGCGUGGCCGCGGCCUGUCCCCUCGCAGAGGAAUACUGUUCUCCUUGUUAACCAUGAGUGUAUACAGCGUUGUGUGCAGCCGUCUUCUAAGGUUACUUUUUUAUUAACUGUUUUUUAAAUAUGUGCUGUUUUAAAAAAAAAAAAGUCAAAGGCAAAGACACUGAAGCAGCCGUCCUUGCACGGGCAUUCCUGGCUCAGCCCCGCGGUCCUGGCACGUCAGCCCCAGCCUCGUGGGAGUCGACAGGCACGGGCUCAAGCGUGCAGGGAGCCCGCCCGUCUUGCCCACACCGGGACCACUGGCGCUCCGCCGGGCCGCUUUCCUCCAGGCCCGGCUCCCCGCUGCCGCCCCGGCCGCAGACCCCACUCCGUCCGUCCGUCCGUGGUCUGCGAGGCACGUCCCGACCGAAGCCGGCUUCCUGCACUGCCAGGGCAGGGGUGUGUUUGUAAACAUCACUUCACAUUGAGAACUGUUCAGACCUCCCGGGGGUUUCUUCCUUUCUCGACAGAAAUAAGCAUAAGAGCCCUCCCGUUUCCACCCUCCGAGUGAGGCUGUGGUUUCCCUCCUCUUUGUCAGAGAUGGUGGCCAGAGCCUCCUUACCGAGCUGGCAGCUGAGGCCAGGGCUUUUAGGGACCGUUUUAGACAGCUGCGACCUGUGAUGGCGAGACCCAGGUUGGAACAGUGAUCUGGAGAAGGGGCAGCUAGCACAGUCAUCCCAGAGGAGGGAAGGGAGACAGAGACUCUGCCUUCUCACCAGAGUUAUGCCUUUACACACACACACACACACACUUCAUGAUCUGAAUUCAUGAACAAGGUUCUGAGAAACAUUUUCAGUUCUUAGAUACAGCUUUCUUGGCAACCAAAAAUUGUUUAGGGACACUCCAAUGCACAAGUCCACAGACGUCACGACAUGCUUUGAAGCACCUUCAUUUGAGAGGAGACAUCUCAGAAUUCAAUUCCUUUCAUCCGUGCCAGUGUCCAGGGCUGUCCAAACUGAAUGGUCCUAGUUCAUAAACAUAGUCGUGUGUGGGCACGUGGGCACGCUCACAUACCCCUCCCCACACACACACACACAUAAUCCCCAGAAGCCAGGCAGAGUGACUGGAGUGAACGGCUCAGAGGUCAGAUGAGCAUUAUUAAGGGGGAGCCGCAGAGGUGGCCCUGCAUCGCCCCCUCUCCGUCUGUUUGCUCUCACACCGCUCCCCAGGAGCUCUCACCGCCGUGUGGAGAUGGUCAUGGGGAGAAAAUGCUGCCAAGUUUAAACUAGGGUUCUCUUGGGCUGAGUCUUGGCCGCAUCCGGGAAGCUUACCCCAGGUUCUGUAUAUAGUUGCCUCAGGAAACACGUGUGUGUAAGAGACGCUUACGCUCAGGGGUAGAUGUGGCUUGGGAGCUCUUAGCGUGUGCUCCGGCCUGUGUCCACACGCACAGCAGUGAUCAUUCGGUCUGCGCUCAGUGCAGGCGCUUACGGGAUGGAGAUGCCUCCCGCCCCGUCCACCCGCUUGCUGCCUGGGAAUACCACUGCACACAGAAUAAUGCUGAAGAAAGGGGCUGUGUGCGCGAGGUCCAUACACGUUUCAUGAGUACCACAUCCGGACGAAAAUGAAAGCAUAAUAAACUUGCCCUCAAAAAUAGUGCAAUAUACAAAGCAACUUCUCUUAAAAUCAGCUUUGUUCCCCUUCUGUCAAGUAUUAUGAGUAAAUGAAACCUUCUUUUGAUGGCAUAAACUGUGGUAAAUCACAGCCCAGACUCAAGAUUAAGACCUCUGGUCUACAGUCACUUGCCAGCUUUGAAAAGCAAGAAUAAAAUAGGGACAUUUCUGCCCUUUGCCAGUGCUUCCAAGUGCACUUCUGUAAUAUUCUUUAUUUAAAAAAAAACAAAAACAGCCUCCCAUCACUUAGCAGCCCCAAAGCUUAGCUCUCAGCAAAGAGAGAGAAUGAAGGUUUGGGCUUUAAUUUUGUGAACAAGACCUGAAGCUUAAUCUUUGCAUUCUGGUGGAAAGAACAAACACGGCUUUGAUAUUUCACUCAUCCAGGCUGUUAGAAUUUACAAUUCACAUCAUAACUCUAUGCUUAAAUUAAAGAAGCUUUUCAUAACAUCGUGACAUCUGCAGCAUUUAAAUUCUAUCUUAUUCUGUGUCCCAAAGCAGGCUGUGGUAUAGUUCAGGAUUAAUAACUUCUUUCAGGGUCAUAUCAGUUGUAUAGAAUAUUCAGUUUAAUAUAGGCACAUGCAUUAAGAAAAACUUAUGCAGACCAUUUUUUUUUUACCAUUAAUUUUGUUGUGCUUAAAGCAUAAUUUAUUCAACCCUUCUGUCACUGAUAAUUAUUGGAAUUAUGUACUUUAGGAGGCUAAUCCAUACCCAGAAAGCCCACAUGCAAAUACUCCUCUGAAUUUGCAAGUUGAUGUAGGGAAAGAAGGCUUCAGAAACAUACAAAAUAGACUUGUUUAGUAAGAAAAUGGUGGUAACCAAAACUGCCACUGGUCUAAAUGUAAUUCAGCCAGGUCACAAAUCUUUGUGUUGUGAAUGGGUUUUUCAAAUUCUGCAUCUCUUCUCCUGUCCCGUUUCUGUCGUCAUUCCUUAAAUUUAUGACUACAGAGUAGGGGGCAGGUGAGCCCAGGCAGCCAGACCCUCGCCUGCAUUUUUCUGUCUCGAGUCACCAAGGAACCUGUAUGAGAAAUAGACAGGUAGGUCAUCAUUUUUCAAGGAAAGAAAUCUUUUACUGUCGAGUAGGCAUUUACUAUCAACACAAAAAACCUAAAAUUAUUUUGUGUUCCAUGUAACCUAAGGUUACUUCCCAAAGCCAACAUUCUCUUUCUCUUCUAGGAAAUAAUAAUAAAGGGUGAAUAGGUUUAGUUUAGAUGCUCAAACCCAGAGGUUUCAUUCCAGUCCAUCCUGUCACUGGGUCCCCAGUGAAAGAUCUCAUGUAAGCACUUCUCUUUUAUCUCCCAAAUUUAAUAGUCAAUAUAGUUCUUCAUCCAUAAUUCACCAUUUUAUCACAAAUACUAUACUAUUGAAACCUCUCACUAGCAUUAUCAGUGUAGAAUACGAGUCUAAUUGUUUGAGUUUUCAGUGCAUAUUUCACAACUUUUUUCACAUAUUUGAGGGUCAUUUUUAAGAGGAAAAAAAACGUUCAGUCAUUGAAAUAGUCUUCAUUUCCUUUAAACCAGAAUACAAUUUUCUUGUGUAUGUUAAACUCAUAUGUUUCAAUUGUGCCAUAUAGUCUUACAUAAAGUUUGGCUAAUAACACUAAUAUAGCUGUAGCUUCACAACACUGGUGUGACAUGUGUCAUGAAGAAAGGGUUUUAAUUAUAUGCCACACACUGAGGGCCUUAUAGUGGGGUAAACAUAAAAAUGGCAACACAGAAAUACACGUCUAGGUCGUCAUUCAGUUACCUCGGUCACGCCACUUCCUGGUUUAUUCUGGUGAGUCGUCGGGCGCCCCAAAAAUGCACCUGAAAACCUCCCCGCGCGUGCCCCGUGGGCACUGCUCUGUGGCUGCGUGUCCUCGGAAGUGAGAGUAGUUGAUAUUUUCUAAAAAGAAGUUGUUUGCCUUAACCUUCUUUUUACACAUGCAUAUUCCCCCAUCACAAAAUUGGUGUUUUAGAUGUUUCUUAUCAACAGAAUUGACUGUCCGUAAACACUGUUCUGAGUCACAUAAAGACUAAUUUUUGUAUUUAGGAGGUCACAGCCCUCACUCAAACAGAAUAAAUGCGAAAUACAAAAGACAACAAAAGGGGCAGAUAAUUGCAAAAGACACGGUUUCUUUAUGUAUUAAUAUGUUAAUUAAGUGAAAAAGAUUUUAUAUGAAAAUGAGUUUAUAUUACAUUUCCAUUAUACUAUUAAGUUAGCAUGAAAGUUUACCGUUAAAAUAAAGUGUUACCUCUUUUAUUACUAACUCUGAUUUGCUUAUAAAUACCAGAAAUUUUUUUAUUAAAUAUUUUAGUUUUA